GGCGGGCAGCCCCGGCGGGGUCCUUGCGAGGGGGUGACGUCACCGCCCGCCGCCUGAGGUCUUUCUGCCGCCCGCCGCCUGAGGUCUGCAGCAUGCCUGGCCCCACGCCCAGCGGAACCAACGUGGGGGCCUCCGGACGCUCCCCCAGCAAAGCCGUAGCCGCCCGGGCCGCCGGAUCCACCGUGAGGCAGAGGAAAAAUGCCAGCUGUGGAACAAGAAGCACAGGUCGAACCACUUCGGCGGGAACUGGGGGAAUGUGGAGAUUCUACACCGAGGAUUCCCCGGGACUCAAAGUCGGGCCCGUUCCUGUGCUGGUUAUGAGCCUUCUGUUCAUCGCCUCCGUGUUCAUGUUGCACAUCUGGGGCAAGUACACGCGCUCGUAGACCGGCUUCAUCCUCAACAAGUGCAUCGUGGACCAAAAGCAGGGCUUAGAUGAAGAAGGUUUCUGAACGCUAACUAUCGUUGCAGGGGAGUCUUUAAAAACAAACAACCCCCCCCCCCCCCCAAAUCUUUUUUUUUUUUUAAUUUGACUCUAGCAAAUGACCUUUCUAACUCACGAUAUCAAACGCGAUUAAUGGAGCCUUUUGAUGACAAAUUAUUGACCAUUUCUCUGUAUCUGUAAGCUUCCCCGUAUUGUAAUAAAAGCAUAAAAGGAC